AAUGCUAUCGGAGGAAGCAGAAGGUUAUGACUACUCCUCUGACGCUUGAAAUGACUGUCAAACCAUCUAAUGUUCAUCCAGUGUGAUCGCAAGCACCCAUGCAACAACUGUCGGGCUCGAAAUGUCACAAAUAAAUGUGUUUUCAACCCUUCGUCAACAGUGACACAAGCUCCCGAGACUGUGGAUGGACAAGCCUGCCUGUCAAGGGGCCGGGAUAAUGCGCUGGAAAACUCCCAUGAGUCGCCCAGCCUUGGCUACUCAUUGAUAUCUGGCAGUAAUUCUUUUAUGGGCCUACAGCAAAUACUACAGGAUGGAGAGUUUCAAACUAUCAGAGCUGUUCAUAACCAUGUUCCGGAAUCACUUAUAUCAGACCCAAAUGCUCGAGCACUGGCCUCGAAUCUGCCACCUCGCGCUAUCGUCGAAGAGAUCGUUGAAAUUUUUUUUGCAGAGGUAAACUGGCAUUACUUUAUUCUCGAAAGGGUUUAUUUCGAUGAUUUGUUUUCCUGCUGGCAGUCCGCCAAUGAAAAUCAUGUCGGCUAUCUCAAACCCCAACAAUUUUCAAGAGAGAUGCAGUACUUUCCUGCAAUGCUUUUUCAAAUGCUCGCUUUGACACUGCAAAUUCUGCCACAAGAUGCUACAGAUAUGGCCCAGCUGUUGCGAAAUUCUCUCGCAUCACCGCAGAGAUAUAGCGCCUUGGGUGAAGAGUUAGCAUCAGUAUUGGGCCGACAAGGAGCUGCACUCACUGCAGUCCAAGCCGAUUUUCUCAGAUCAUUCUAUUUGAAGAAUUGCGGCGCAGGUAUCCAAUCUUGGCAUACAAUUGGAUGUGCUAUUAGACAAGCCCAAGAGCUGGGCAUGCAUCGGCACAAGGAUAUCCACCAACAAGACCCAAAUGAUGUUGGCAAGACCCUGAAUUUGUUUUGGUAUGACGAAUAUAAACGACGAAUAUGGGCCAAUUUAUUUGCGUGGGAUAGCCUUAUGGCUAUGAUCCUGGGAAGGCCGCGAAUGAUAAAUUUGGAUGACUGUGACGUCAAGCUACCCACAGAUUGCAAUAUACCCAAGAAACCUUCCACAGCAGUUCCUAUGACAGUGCGUUCCUACGACAAUGACAACAUCACGACAGUGUCAGCUUCACUAUUCAGACAAGCUCUCGCUAGUAAAGUCCACGAAAUGCGCGCUCUCAAAGCUGAUCGGCCCCAUCCUAAGAACUACUCUGUGGUCCAAAAUCUUCACCAUCAGGUUAUUUCAUUAGUAAAUGAAGUCCCGCCAUCGAUUCGGCCCAAGAACCCGGACACUUCGUGGGACAACCAGUAUCCAUAUUUGCCUCAACUGCGUGAGGAAAUUUUAAUCAUGGCGAAUCUCUUCCUAAUGACACUACACCGAUCCCAUGUCGCGACUAACAUAGAGAGUAGAAGGGCCGCAGUAGAGGCUGCGCUUGCUACCCUUCAGUCCCAACAACGCGUCUUUGACAGAAGCAAGGUGCAUCACUAUCAAUUAUUUGGCCUCGCUUUUUAUACCGUUGACGCGUGCUGUCUGCUUUUUAGUAUUGCAACUUUAUUUCCCCCUAAAAGCCCUGAAUCAAAAAGAUAUAUCGAUAACUCCCUUCAGCAGGCAAUACAGAGACUCUCCCUUUUAGAAACCCAUAAUAAGAUAGCCAAGGCGGGCUUGGAUGUUCUUAAACGUUGCUCGAAAAAGAUUCAGGAAGCAAGAAACUGCCAAACCAUUUCGUCCGGGACUAUCCUUGACAUGAAUCAUUCUCUUGAGCCGCGGUUGCAGGACACACUGGCAGGUUUAUACAGUAGAGAUGUGGAAGGAGUGUCGACGUCGCCAUCAGACUCUCGUGGAGCAAACGAGGACCAACAACCUGAACCUCAACUCCUACCCUUCUCUCCGGGCCCGUGCAGUUUCGAUCAAAUGUAUUGGUUAAACCAGUUGAGCCAGAUACAACAGCCUCAUCCCCAAGAUCCAGAUUUUGACGAGUCUUGGGGGCCUAUUGUUUUUACGUGACGUGGAAAUCGAUGAGAGUCAAUGAAUUCUUGAAUCUUCAAACAUGUAGUGAUCAGUCUCUCCGCUUAUUCAAUUCGUUACAGCCAUAAAAGUAUUGAUAAAACUAAGAACCUCUUAUUGAAAAACGC